CAUUGUCACUAUGAAGGAGAUGGAAGCAAAUCGAUGCGGAUUAAAGUCGGUGCAGGCCUAUCCGCAGUUAUUGUUGUGCUAUUUUUCAGUGCUUGCACUUACACCAUGAGGAGAAGGACGAAUCUGAGAACAGAGGAAAUAGGAAAUAUCCAAGAGGAACAAUUACUCGACUUGGCAGGGCGAGCAACUGUUGGGGACGACUAUCCAGACAAAGAUAUUCAAGGAGAGGUGACAUCCCAGGACCUCCCUUUGAUCCGGCUAGAUGUUAUAAAUGAAGCUACAAAGCAAUUUUCUGAUGAAAACAAACUUGGUCAAGGAGGGUUUGGCCCAGUAUACAGGGGUACGUUAGAGGAUGGCAAAGAAGUUGCAGUUAAGAGGCUCUCAAGAACUUCUGGUCAAGGACAAAGAGAAUUCCUGAACGAAGUCGUUUUAAUCGCCAGAUUACAACACAGAAAUCUUGUCAGACUCCUGGGAUGCUGUCUGGAAAAAAAUGAAAAGUUACUUAUCUAUGAGUAUAUGCCCAACAAAAGCCUUGAUGUCAUUCUUUUUGGUUCCAGCAAUGGAGUCCUGCUUGACUGGCAAAGACGCUUGAGCAUAAUCAAUGGAAUUGCACGGGGGCUCUUGUAUCUUCAUGAAGAUUCUCGUCUUAGAAUUAUUCACAGGGAUCUCAAAACAAGCAACAUUUUGCUUGAUUAUGAGAUGAAUCCAAAGAUAUCAGACUUUGGAAUGGCUCGGAUUUUCGGUGGAAAUCAAAGCGAGGCUAACACGAAUAGAAUUGUCGGAACUUAUGGAUACAUGGCCCCAGAGUAUGCUAUGGCGGGUCUUUUUUCUGUAAAAUCAGAUGUUUUCAGUUUCGGAGUGUUGCUGUUAGAGAUAAUCAGUGGAAAAAGAAACGUUGGCUUUCAUCUCUUAGAAGAAGGCGAAAGCCUUCUCACUUUUGCAUGGAAACUGUGGUCUGAUGGUCAAGGACUGGAAUUGAUGGACCCUAUGCUAGAGAAAUCAAGCGUGGCAACUGAGGUGCUGAGAUGCAUCCACAUUGGGCUGCUCUGCGUGCAAGAGGAUCCAGCAGAUAGACCCACAAUGUCAUCUGUGCUUCAUGUGUUGGCAAGUGAUACCAUAACACUCCCUAUCCCUAAACAGCCUGCAUUUUCUAUUGGCCGAUUUGUUGCCAUGGAAGGUCAAUCCUCAAAUCAGAAAGUUUGUUCUAGCAAUGAAUUAACCUUUUCCGUUUCAUCACCACGAUGACUGUAAAUUAAGUUUUAAAUUUAAGAGAAUGAAUAAAGUUGUAGCUCCGACUGUUUUUCUUUACAAGCA